CACCAGCACGACACCCAUUGCCAGCCAAGCAACCAGAAGUCGGCAUAAGCAACCAGCCAAGAGACCACAUGGUCAAAUUAUCCAAGAGACAGUGUGGUCAACCAACAAAGAGGUAGAAUAGAAAAUUAUCCAGGAGACAGGAUAUUCAAUUAUCCAAGAGACAGUGUGGUCAACCAACAAAGAAGCAGCAUGACCAACCAGCCAGGACACACCAGUUCCACCAUGCAGUCCCAGGCCAGAAUUCCCAUGCAUGCCAUCCACCAGUUUGAACAGCAAGACCGCCAGCGCCAAGGAGUCCGGCAGAGCUUUGACCAGUCCCAACAGGCCAUAUCCCGACAGCUCGAGUUUUUACAGGCCCAAGUCCAUAUAUGGCAGGACCAGUGCUGGUACUGCACACAGAGAGGAUUGGCUGCAGAGCAUGAUUUGUACCAGUGUCCCCAUGGCAAUCAGACAGCUGCCAAACCAUGGUUUUUACAUGUACGGCGGCAUAUCAAGUAUGCACCAUUUUCCGGAUGUUUCCAGUGUGGGUUACCACAGAUGAUAUGUCAGCAGUGGAAGGAAAAGAGUCAAUGCACAUACCGCGGUGUCAUGAUAUCCAUGAUUGCAAUGAUGGUCCAUGGGCAUGGGACAGCAGAUGUCCGGCAAGCAUGGCAGCAGCGAUUACAGGGAUUUGGGGUGGAUGUCAACAACCAGGCAGCAGUCACCCAGUUUUUUGGGCAGCGGCAUGGGAAUGAGGAGAUGAAUGAACUGGUACAGGAGUUUAUAUGGUUACGACAGAGGUGGAUGGAGGCUGGUGAAGUUGAAUAGGGACUGGCAGUGACCAAAGACCAGAAGGACAGAGAAAGAGUCAGUACAAGAAGAACAAAGACAAUUG